UCUUCUUCAAUCCUCUAUUCACGCAUAUCAGCGCUCAUUUCUCGAAGUGGUCUCAAAUAUAUUCACCAUGGUUACAGCCAUAAUACCAAUGUUUGCUAUGGAUCAUAGUGAAAUUAUGGACUGGCAGACGUUUGUUAAUCAGAACCCAUGGGCAACGCAAGCUCUGGAACAGAUGGCUGGGGUGGACGACCAGCUUCCAAAACAAUGUAUAGCAGUCUUCUACGUAAUCGACACCACAGCUCGGGUAAGCUUAAACUCCCAAACUUAAUACCCACGGAUCAAAUAAUUUUUAUUGAUAUCUCAGGUGAAUACCUCAUGAAACCAGAAAAUCACCCACCAGUUGAACGCAGUGACCUGGUAUCCAGACUACAAAUUCAGAGCAGCAUUUCGAAACCUCAACUGGGCAUCAAUGGAGCGUACUUUCAAGGUUGAGAACGACGAUAUACUUCAGCUGGAGAACCCUCAAAAUAUCAUCAACGAUGGUGGUGAGAUAUUUUUUUUGAUGCACAAAGAUGUGGUUACGGGCACAGUGGCGCUGGUCGUCGAAAACGGUGAAUACGAAGCAACGUGGAUGGCGGUCGCCAACAACUAUCUUGGACUCGGAUUUACUCAUGCCCUUUUGGUGGUGAUUACAAAUUGGGCUCGGAUACGAGGCUUGCCUGGUAUAACGGUUUUGACGAGUACCACGUUGGGAAGUGCUGUAUCCCUUUAUCAAACACACGGGUUUCAGGUCACAUAUAUCGAUGAGAAUUGUAGAGAUGCACGGUAUGACAUGAGUUUACGGCUCUGCUUGUGAUCUCUGUAUAAUAGCUUUGUUUAAUAAAUUGCACCAAACAUCAAAAUGAGUUAACAGCUAGCAGUCAAGCGGACUGACAAUGCCUGGAAAUUUUGACACUGGACGGGCUCAGUCAGUGCGCCAAAGCAAGGUUGUUUCGCACCGUUCAUGUGGCUGUUGAAUGAAAUCAAGAAUGGCCAGGGUUAGUAAUUAGAAACAACUUCAGUGCACACCGUAACACAUGCUCUGUUCGAGUUACUGACUAUCUUCA